AUGUCUCGACACAGAUUCUUGAUUAGUGAAUAUAAUAGGAAGAAGAAGAAUAACAGAUUCUUGAUUAGCGUCACAGUUCCUGGUAGCUUCGGGCCGAUAAGGUUUCUGGCAAACCACGACGACACCGUGCUGGCAGUGAUCCGCGGCGCCCUGAAGCGUUACGCGCGAGAAGGCCGCAUCCCGGCCAUGACUUCCUUCUCUACCGCGCCUACACUGGUUUCAAUGGUACUUUCAUGCGCAGCACUGAAUCCCGGGGCAGCGAUCGGAGAGUGUGGAGGGUGGGAUUUCUUGCUAUGCAAGAAACAGCGGCCCGAGAUGGGGAGGGUUGAAAUCGUGGGUGGAGGCAGGGGAGGUGGUACGUGUUGUAAGGAGUGGAUAUUUCAGUGGUUGAUUCGGAAUAUCUGA